UGCUACCUACAAAAGUUCGCUUCUCUAAACCAAAUGGAGCGUCCCCGAAUGUUCCUCAUCUCUGCAGCUUGUCUAUGCGUAUACGGGAUUUUGUAUCUUGCUGCCACCGAUCUCCAGCAAGGAGAAGCCAAACCCCUUGCCGGAAACGAAACCGACAGGUUUGCCCUGCUCGCAUUUAAAGGUCAGAUGGCCGAUGGUCCCGCCGGAGCCUUGAGCUCCUGGAACGACACCAUCCAUUUCUGCCAAUGGGAAGGGAUAAAAUGCAGCGCCAGCAACCAAAGGGUGACAAUCAUCAACCUGCAGUCCAAGAGGUUGGCCGGAUCACUAUCUCCAUCCCUUGGAAACCUCAGCUUACUCCAAGAACUCAACCUCGGGGGCAACGAUCUGUACGGCGACAUUCCUCCAGAGCUCGGGAAACUUACUGGUAUGAGAAUCCUCAACCUGACUUCCAAUUCUUUCGACGGCCGGAUCUCGGGCAAUCUGUCCAGCUGCAGGGAACUGAGGCACUUAGACUUGGGCGACAACAUGCUCGUGGGAGAGAUACCCGCCGAGCUCACCUCGCUGCCGAAGCUGCGAGUGCUGUACCUUCUUGUCAAUAAUCUCACCGGCAGCAUCCCACCGUCCAUCGGAAACCUCUCGUCCCUCACCAGGCUAGCGAUGGGAAGAAACAACCUUGUGGGAGCAUCCCCGACGGAAUCGGCUUGA